GGCGCCUGGCCAUCACCAGUCUGAAAUCAGUGAUGGCCGCAGCGGCUCUCGAGAGUUGUGAUGUGUUCUCGUUCAACACGGUGCUCACCUUUUGAAAUUCUUCUACCUUCACCAGGACCACUGUGAGAAUCUCUAAAAAUCAAAGAAUCAGAAAUGGCUGAAGACGGGGCUAUUGGCUCUUCCGGCAGCAACAGCAGCGGUGAAGCAAGUCGACUGCAACUGUUGCAGGAGAUACGACAACAAAAUUUUGACAGCAUACGCUUUGCUUCUUAUCGUACCGCCUGCAAACUCAGGUUUAUCCAGAAGAAGGUUCAUAUGCAUAAUGUUGACAUUUGGAAUGUGAUUGAGGCAUUCAGGGAAAAUGGUCUCAAUACGUUGGAGCCGUCGAGUUCACUUGGUGUAUCAAGACUUGAAACACUUUUGUCUUCCUUAUUUCAUGCUUUAAAUAAAAGAGUUCCAGUUGCACAACAAGCUAAAGUUGACACAACAACGGCCUUACUUAUGAAUUGGCUGAUAGCGGCGUACAGUGGAGAGGGCAACAAAAUUUCGGUAUUUUCCGUCAAAGUGGCACUUGCAACACUAUGUGCCGGCAAAUUGAUGGACAAAUUUCGAUAUAUCUAUUCACAAAUAUCGGACAGCAACGGUCACAUGAUCCACUGGAGAUUCGAUGAAUAUUUGAGAGAAGUUUUAGCAUUGCCGGCAGCCGUUUACGAAUCGCCAUCUUUUGGUUAUUCCGAAUCAUUAGCGAGUUCGAUUUUUCUUUCGAAUACAAAAGUCACUGUCAAUGAUUUCUUGGAUACACUGAUGUGCGAUCCAGGACCUCAUUGUUUAAUUUGGCUCCCACUUUAUCAUCGAGUCGCUGCCGUUGAAUCGGUGACUCAUCCAACCAUGUGUGACGCAUGUCACAAGGAAAAUUUUACCGGCUUUAGGUACCGGUGUCAAAAGUGUCAUUCGUAUCAACUCUGUCAGGAUUGCUUUUGGCGGGGAAAAGUCUCGGGUACUCACAAUAAUGAUCAUGACACAAGGGAGUACAGUAGUUUUAAGUCGCCGAGUAAACAGAUCGGACAUUCUUUAAGAAAGAGCUUUCGAUGUGUUCCCGAAAAGGGAAAGAAUCACAUACCCAGGUUUCCGGAACAGCCGGAGAAAACUUUGGAUUUAUCACACAUUGUACCGCCUUCUCCACUACCAUCUCAUAACGGAUUUCCGGAUUCAGGAUUCAUGGCGCCUUUCGACGCCGGUUCGAUGGACAGUCGUUCCACAUUAAGAAGCAUGGAUAGUUCAAGAAUGGACGACGAACAUAAAUUAAUAGCCAGAUAUGCCCAACGAUUGGCGCAAGAGGCACGAACUGUUCCUCGUGCCGCUUCCAGAAUGUCACAAGUGGAUCAAAUGCAAGGACGAGCACCGUCGGACGCAAAUCUUUCCUCAUUGGAAACAUCGAGAGCGCAAAGGGAAUUGAUCUCUCAAUUAGAGGCGAAAAACAAGGAAAUAAUGCGAGAGAUUGCAAGGUUAAGGAGACAACAAGAGAUCGAGGCAGCUGGAUUGGAAAAUCCCGCUUUGAUGUCCGAAUUAAGGGCUCUUAGACAAAGAAAAGACGAAUUGGAAAGUCAUCUGGCAACCCUUCAAGAUUCCAGGCGGCAACUUAUGGUACAACUCGAGGGCUUAAUGAAAAUGCUAAAGAAUCACCAAGCGUCGCCGAGAUCAACACCAAAUAGUUCACCGAGAAGUACAAAGUCCCCGCCACUACCGCCGGGUGCAAUUCCCAGCAGCAGAUCAGCACCACCAACACCUGGUGGACCACUCUCGACACUGCAGCAUCAGAAUCAACACACCAUGUCCCAAAGCUACCAAAGUCCAGUGCCCACAACGUCAGUAGCCAAUAUGUCUGGAAACGCAAUACUAGGAACGGUACAGAAUCCUAUACCGGAUAGUCUCUCUUGUGUUGGAGGAGAUGUAAGGUCUGCGUUCAGGACAAACAGUUUGCCCGGAAGUGGAUCGAGCAGUGGGAACAAUAGCUUGGGAAGAUCCUUAAGGAAUGAUUUGUUGGUAGCUGCCGACAGCGUUACUAAUGCAAUGUCGACUCUCGUCAGGGAAUUAAAUUCAGACUCAGACCAGGAGGAUCAGUCUCACAACUUUGGCCGCCAUAACUUCAGAAAGCCGCUAGACUUCGAGGUCGCUGAAGAUGGUGACGACAGCAGUGGAGGAGGUAAUUCUUGGCGGGAGGAAUUACAACGACGCUAUCAACAGGAACACGACUUCCUGGCAGAAUUAAGAGCAAGAAAUGUUUAUGCCUCGAGAACACCCUCAACGAAUUCGUGUAGUGAUCUCGAUCGCGGCGAGAGAGAAGAAGCUGAAGGCGAGAAAGAAGAUGAUAGCGCCGAGGCACAAUGGGUUGAAGCCGUUCAUCGAUGGGUACAUCGGUAAAUAAAGAUAAACACCAUCCCCCCCCCCCCCCUCACAUUAUACCAACUUCCCCAAAAAAAUUUAGGCCUUUAUAUAUCUUAAAAUAUCCUUGAAUUCAAAACUAUAUAUAGAGAAUUUUUAGAGUCUCGCACGUGUGAUGACUUUUAAAAUGAGAGAAAAAAGAAUUUUUCGCUCAAAUGAAUUUACAAUAAUGCAGAUUCUGUAAAAUUCCGAUAAAUAUAAUGUCAGGGUUGCCACAUGUCAGGGAAUUACAGGGAAAAGUCAGGGAAUUUUAUUAAA